AUGCCACUUCAGGAUCUCCCCAAUGAGCUCCUUUACCACAUCGCCGACUUUCUAGAGUACGCUGAUGACGCCAGUGCCUUUUCACGGAGCUGCCGCCUAUUCUACUCGCUUGUCAAUGACACCCUAGUUGCGCGCUACGCCAAGGGCCACGAGCUAGAGGCCAUUGAACAUGCACUGGAAACCGGCGACCACGUUCUUAUGGAAAACCUCAUUGACGAAGGUGUAGACCCUCUGAUUUGGGAGAAAAAUAAACGCAAGAAGUUGAUCUAUAAGGCUGCAGGAGCUGGCCACACAGAGCUAGUUCGACUUUUACUUGACCGCGAAAUUAACGACGUCCAUGGCCAUUAUGUUUACCAAGAAGUGCCGCUUAUACGUGCACUUCUAUGUGGUCAUUGGGAGACAGCGAGACUAUUGAUAUCUUAUGGGGCAGAUCCCGAUUACAUUGACGUAGAUCACUAUUGGUGCCGCACCGCUCUCGACACUAUGGCAGACAAAGGAUCUCUGGAAGGCGUGCGAUUUCUAGUUGAGAAUACGGCGUCGACUUUAAAGGCGCCCGGUCGCCAUGGUAGAGCCCCUCUUGCGAGUGCGGCUUAUUCUGGGCAUUUAAAUAUUGUGAAGUACCUAUUCUAUGCAGGGGCAGACCAUCGAACAAGGGAUGCUGCGGGACUGAGCGCCCUGUUCCAUGCGGCGGCUAGAAAUCAUGAGGAUAUCGUUCUGUUUAUAUUAGAAAAGGAAGAAGAGCCUGACUUCUUCAAGGAACAACUUGAUCUGGAUUCUUUGGCCUGCAUAGCUUCGCGGGGAAAUGGCCAAAUUACGAGAUCAUUGCUAGAUAGAGUCAACAUCCCGGCGAAAAUCGCGUCUUCUAGCUAUCAACUGGGGCCGCUUAUGCUUGCUUGUGCAGCGGUGGGCUGCGAUUCUUCUGUUCAACUCUUACUGGACGCAGGCUGUGAUCCUACACAUAAAUGGUCGUCAGCGGCAGAAGCUUUCUUGUCAGACAACACUCCCCUGCGGCAGGCAGCCGCGAGAGGCCACGGGAGUAUCGUUCGGCGAUUCUUAGAUCGCAGAUGCAUUCGAGCCAAGUACUGGUCGGAACAUGAUACAAUCAUCGCAAACCUGAUUCAAACCCUGUGCUCAAACAAUCAGGUCCAGCUCUUGCGAGAUAUCCUGGAUUGCGAACAGCUGUUAGGUUCGUCGAGUCGACGGGACGUUGUGAGCAGGGCACUAUAUAAUCUUAAGCCGCACGAAGAGGCGAUCCGAUUAUUGCUCGAACAGGGCGCGACUGCAGAUUAUGACAAAAACAACAAUCUUUGGAUGUUACAGCGGGCUGUUGAGCUAGGCAGCCCGGAAUCCGUGCGGUUGCUCCUCGAAAUAACCGGCAUAAACCCACGGGAACAGCUCCAGAAGCCCCGACGCGAUCAAGAUGGCCAGAGCCUAUAUGAGCUAGCAAUAGCACCAGGAAGACCACCCAACGAAGACACCAGCAAGGAGACCAAGGUAGAGAUGGUCCGAGCUCUGCUGGAGACAAACAAUGAUCAAGGUGGCAGCGUCCAUCCAGCUAACCAGGAAUGUCAAAUAGCUUUAGUCAAAGCUAUCUCUGCGGGCCAAGUGGAGAUCGUCAAGUACUUUCUCGACAGCGGUUUCGACGCCAAUGGCAGGAUUUCAGGUGGUGACCGGGGGUCUCUCCACUUAGGAAGGACACUGCUCGGCGUAGCCGCUGGAGGUUACCACCGUCGGGUGAAGGAAAUGACGGAGCUCUUCCUAGCAUACGGCGCCGAUGUGGAAGCUACGGAUGGUGAAACUGGAGCAACGGCAUUGGUGCAUGCCGUAAAAAUGGACAACCGCGACGCUGUCGAUAUCCUGCUCAAUCACGGCGCUGAUCCCCUUUAUAGAAUCAACAAUUCGGAAGCCAGUGAGACGCCUCUGCAUCAGGCCUUGGUCUCGCAGAGGAGUAACUGUCUCCGAAUUCUACUGAAGGCAGUAGAAGCCCGGGGGCUACAGUGGGAUAUCAGUGCUGCCCUGUGCGAAGUUCGACAGUAUAAGGACCGUCCAGAUCCGAUGGACAGGAGGUUGUUGGGGACAAUGCUGGCUCGCACUAAUAAUUAUGCCGGGGCCAUCUUUGAUUCGCCGACUACUGGCAGAACGAGACCGGAGUGCAAGCAAUUGGUGAAAUACCUGGUGCAGCACUAUUGUCGGGUGAAGUAUCCAUGUCCCUUGUAG